CACAUCCUACAGGUGCCAUCCAGCGGCCAGCGGCUCUUGGCUAGUCCGACGAUCCCCUGUCUAGCCGAAACAGAGCACCGCUUCCGCCUUUCCCCUCCCCCACCACACCGCAGUGCCGCCGCCGCCGCCGCCGCCGCUUCUGCCAACGCCGUGCGCCGUCCCCCCAUGUGGUCUCCAUCCGUACACCGCCCCCGCUCGCCCGUCUCCCCCCCUUAUCGCGCCGGCCCCCUAACAGCGCACGGCCGGAUCCUCCUUUGCCGGCGAGUCGGAGGGGACCAAGCUCUGGAUCCAACGUUGUCAACCGAUGGAGCUCAUGGCGUCCACAUUUCCACCGCAAGAAUGGGUUGUCUUCCCAAGAUUCUGGUUCUGCAGAAGCAAACGACUAGUUUAUCUUCUCGUUGAGCUUUAGUACUUUGCUUGGCAGGUAAUCUAGCCAUUAAUCAACUAAUCACCGGUAAAGCAAGGCCGGCCAAUGCCUUUUUCCCUUCAAAGAGGAAGAGCUCACAAUAGGGUAAUGGGCUCGGCAAGAAUGACAUUCUUCAGCAGCCUCUGAUAUAAUGGUCCUGGGGGGCACAAGUGAUCAAUUUGCUGCUCAACCACAACCACAGGUGAUCAAUUUGUCUGAUGGAUACUUAGCGAGCUAAUUAGGAUUGGGAGUCCUGCUGCUCUUCUGCAAUAAGCCUCCCUUGUGUCUUCUUCUGCCAUUGAGUGGUCACUGAUGGCCGGAGUGGUGCGCCUAUGGAACGAUUGGGAGGCCCAAAUCCUAGUGCUUGCUAGCUUUAUGCUGCAAGUGUUCCUGCUCAUGUUCGCCAGGAUGCGACGACGGAACAUCUCCAUCAUCCCAAGGACCCUCCUCUGGCUAGCAUACCUGCUGGCAGACUCCAUAGCGAUAUACAUCCUCGGCCACAUGUCCUUCUAUGGAAAGUCCCACGGGCACCAACAACUCAUGGCGUUCUGGGCGCCAUUCUUGCUAGUGCACCUCGGUGGCCAGGACAACAUCACCGCCUACUCCAUAGAAGACAGCCAGCUCUGGCUGCGCCACCUGCUCUCUUUUGUUGUUCAGACAGUGGGAGUGGCUUAUGUCCUCUACAAGUAUGUCGCUGGCAGCUGGACCUUGGCCACAGCCGCGUUGCUGAUAUUUGUCGCCGGUGUUCUCAAGUAUGGGGAGAGAGUAUGGGCGCUCAAGUCGUCCAGCCUGGAGAACAUGAUUAGUUUCCUCGACAGCAGGAAGUUGAGUGAGGCUAAACGAGAACAACAUGCACAGCAGGGCCAAGGGGGAAAGCUGGAUCCUGAAGAGGUUCUGCAAGGAGCUCAUGAUUUGCUCCCCAUUUGCAUGGCUCAGUUUGUGGACUAUAAGUUCUGGCCAUCCCAAUUUCAGAGUAAAGCUGUAGAGCUAUUCGAUAACAAGGGCCAAAUGUUUGAAUUGGUUGAGAUGCAGCUCUCCUUGAUGUAUGAUUUCCUAUAUACCAAGGCAGCGGUGGUCUUCACAUGGUAUGGAUGCUUCAUCCGUGCCAUGUCAUCAGCUGCCACGAUCAGUACUUUCUUCCUAUUUCAAUCAAGCAUUGUCAAACAUGACUUCAACAGAGUUGAUGCCAUUGUCACAUACAUCUUAAUAGCUGGGGCUGUCCUCCUAGAGAUGACAGCAUUGUUGAAGGCAAUGGGAUCAACAUGGACAUGCGCAUUGUUGCAUGCUGGAAGAUGGCACUGGCUUCACAGAAUAAUCGUAUCUGUGCGGCGGCGUGUCAAGGCUGCGGAAAGAAAUAGAAGAUGGUCAGGUUCCAUUGGACACCCUGAGUUGCUGAACUCGUCCCAUGGCAGUGGAGGCUGUGUGCAGAGCUUGAGAUGCAAAGGUUUGUGGAAGAAGCUAGGCCAGUCCUUACCUGUCAUUUCAGAUGAUACUAAGAAGCUGGUGUUGGAAGAGGUACGAAGAAUGGUGGAGGCAUGUGAAGGCAAAGAGGAUAUCAUGAGGAGUUACAGUGGUCAGUGCGCGCUGAAUCCAUGGCAUGGAUUUUUCAAGGAUCCCACCUCGCACGCUGGCAUUGAUUUUGAUGACAAAAUCCUUUCUUGGCACUUUGCCACCAAAAUGUUCUUCUCACAGUCGUCUAAUGUGGAAGAGCGAGAUGAUGUUAUGGAGGCAGUCAGGGCAGUGUCUAACUACAUGAUUUUCCUCCUUGCUGAACGUCCAUACAUGCUUCCUAGCCCUGUUCGCCCGGGAUUGUAUGCCAAUACUGAAGCAGCAUACGUGGGGCUAGAUUUUUUUGACAUGGAACACCUCAGCAGAAGGGGGGAGCUGGACAGAAGAAGAAGAAUGUGGGAUCUGGACACAAGAAGGGACGGGGACGAGCUAUACAGAGUAAGGGGGAAGCUGGACAUAAUAAGGGAGGAUCUGGACGUGAUAAGAGAGCAUUUGGUCAGAAAAAGGAAGGAUCUGGGCAGAAAAAGGUGCAAUAGAGCGGAACUAUACAGUGCAAUGGAGGUGCUGGAUAGAAGUUUGGCGGAGCUGAACAGGAGAUUGGAAGAGCUGGAUGAUUUAAGGUUAGAGGUGGGCACUAGAAGGGAGAAGUUGGAGGUGCUAGACAGAAAAAGUAAGAGGCUAGAUAAAAAGAGGGAGGAGCUGGACAAAAGAAGCAAGGAGCCUCCAUCUCCCUUGGUCCUCGCUAGAGGGACGAUGUUGGAGGAUCCAGAGGAGCUGGACAGAAGAAGGGAGGAGCUGAACAGAAGGAGGUCUGAGCUUAACGCUAGAAGGGAGGAGAACCUGGACGUGGACCUAGAGGAGCUGAAGAGAACAAUAAAAAGGCUAGAGGAGCUAGACAGGAGAGUGCAUCUCGGACCUCCACCUUCCUUGAUCCGUGGAGCGGAGCUUGCUGUUUGGCUGCUAGAGGCGGAGAAGGCGCGGGGCAAGCAGGAGGUGCGGCGCGUGCUACUUGGGGUGUGGGUGGAGAUGAUGUGCUAUGCGGCCCACCGCUGCACUAGGGAUUCCCACGCCAAGCAGCUUAACAGUGGUGGUGAGUUCAUUACCGUCGUCUGGCUUCUGUCCACUGCCGUGUUCAAUCGCCGGUACUGUGACGAGGAUUGGUUUAAGAAUGGCGUGUGGGAGUUCUUCAGGCCACCAUUCCAACUUGAGGAGGAGCAUGAGGACGGUUGGUUCUGUGUGAUAUUCUACGUGUGUGUACUACUUCCGGUCCUUCCGUAUAUCCUAUACAAGUAUAAAGAGUGGUCGUCCCCCCCAUUUUUUAAGACCAUCAAGAGGGGCCAGGCCCCCCCAUCGACCGGCCUCCCCCGAUAAUGUGUGAGGUUGCCGGGACUAGCACAACAACAAUUUGAUUCUACUAAUUUGUUUUACCUUAACUAGGUAAAUUUCCCGUGCAUUGCUUAGGAUAAGUAUUAGUAUAGGUUAUGUAUAGCAGUUAUGUGGACUUGUAUGUGGGUUUUGUUUUCAUUAAUUAAAAUGAUGU